UUUCCAGAGAUAAAAUAGGUCCGUGUGGACGGAGAGGAUUUCAUCACAAGUGACCAGGGAUCUUGACAGUCACACAGCGGAGAGUAACCAUGCCGAGGUCAUUUUUGGUGAAGAGUAAACGGGCACAUAGCUACCACCAACCCCGAUACCUGGAUGAUGACUACAUUAGAAUGGAUACUAUCUUAGCCUAUAUAUGCGCAGGUAUGUCUAUCUGAUGUGAUGCUGCUCUCAAUAUAUAUAAGGCCUAGGCCUAGACUUAAUUGUAAUACAUUACGCACGUCACACACAAGUUUGUUUGGAUAUGGACACGAUUCGAAAUUCUCUAAAUUCUCGUUGAAUAUUUUAUCUUUACCUUUAAAAUUCACAAAUACAAUAUCAAACUGUGACGUAUAUUAUGAGCUUGAAUUAAGUGCUAGUCUUUGCUCUCUUUUUCUAUGGCUAUAGAAAGCAAACUGCAGGUUGAGUUUGAGGGGAACUGUGACACGCAGGAUGCUCCUAACCACGGCAAGCUGUCCCCCGAAUCCCGUCUGGUGCACACGGCUGACCUCUCCUCCAUAUACCCGCUGAGCUGUGAGGGCAGCGUGUGCGACCGCUUCUCGGACUAUGACGACUACUGGCGCCCUCCGUCACCUUCUGCAUCACCAGGUUUGUGUUUAUAGUGUGUUGUGAUGUCCAUCUUGGUCAUCAUUACGCAUAUGCGCACUGCAUCUCCAACCAUGGUUAUUUGAGGCUGUCCCUCUGCUUUUCAUAUUUUAGCACUUGUUAUCCUCCAAUAUAGGCUACCAGAAUAUUAAAGGGUGUAUUAUUUAAUAACUAUUUGCUAUUUUUGUAAACAGUAUUUGGAAACGUGACGACUCAUGGUCCGAAUGUUUUCCAGAUUCGGAACAAUGUUUCACUCCGUCAGCAGACGAUGCUCACCCUUUCGCCAUUCCAUUCCACCCUUACCCAUGGACUACCUACUCUGGCUCCGAGCUCAGGCACCUUGUGCAGCGAACGUAUCAACACAAUCUCCCCACAACUCUGGAGCCUGACACACAGAUGGGCCUCUAUGGAUCCGAGGAUGGUGCCACCAACUCUCCAAUUUACGCACAGCGGGGCCCGCACACUGGAUUUUACAGGGACUUUGGGUCUACGGUGUUCCCUACCUAUAGAAUGCGGGAUGGCGACCAGUUAUAUUCGGACCUCAAGCUGAAGACCAAGGCCUCUGAAAUCAAGUCUAAAUCCGAUCUCAUCUGUUCCCGUCUAGAACCAAGCGGAUCGUACAAGUGCAUCAAGUGUUGCAAGGUGGGCCUAGCCACACUCCUUUACCACAACGUAUGGCAACGAUAAACAAUUGUUCGGUUUCAAUUAGGUGAUUUUCACUUAUUAACACAUAAUAAUAUCUCUUUCAUCCUCUCUAAAAGGUAUUCUCGACGCCGCACGGGUUAGAGGUUCACGUUCGUCGGUCGCACAGCGGAACUCGACCCUUUGCCUGUGGAUUGUGUGGGAAAACGUUUGGGCACGCAGUGAGCCUCGAACAACACAAGGGCGUUCACUCCCAGGUAAGGCCCAAAUGCCCAAGUCACUUAAUAUUUGGACCUUUAGGCCUACUUUCUCCUAUGCCUGUUGGCAAUCAAUCCCAUGUGUAAUGCAUGCUUAAAUGACAAAGGAAACUGAUUAAAUAAAAAGGUGCAGACGGCCACAUGUCACAUGCACUCACAUCUUACCUGGUUCACAGGAAAGGAGCUUCAACUGUAAAAUCUGUGACAAAAGCUUCAAGCGCUCGUCCACGCUGUCCACGCACUUGCUCAUCCACUCGGACACGCGGCCCUACCCUUGUCAGUACUGCGGGAAGAGAUUCCAUCAGAAGUCCGACAUGAAGAAACACACCUUUAUCCAUACAGGUGAGCGAUCACGCACGAACCACAAAAGAUAAGUUAAUGAUUUUAAAAGAUUAUAAAAUACUUUGCAAACACCUGUUAUUUAAGAGUGUCAACCAAACAAAAAGUAAAUUUUCCCACUGGGCACACACUGGUUGAAUCAACGUUGUUUCCAUUUCAAUGAAAUUACGUUGAACCAACGUGGAAUAGACGUUGAAUUGACGUCGGUGGCGAGUGGGUAAGCAUAUUACGCUCCUAAGAGUCAGACAAUUAGGCACGAGAACAAUCACAGCAGAUAUGGAGAGCUCAAAAGGACACUUUUAAUUACGCACAAGAACAAUUACAGUACUUGAAUAUGGAGAGCUCAAAUGGACACUUUCAUAAUGCAACUUGUUUACAUUAUCAGGUGAAAAGCCGCACAAGUGC